AUGAAUUAGUUAUGAUCAAGUCCGCUUCAGUUCAACAUGGACGCAAUCUUAUUUCUUUGGAUAAGUUUGAUUCUACUAAUUUUUGCAUUGGGGAGUGUCAAAGCUUUUACGGCAGACUCGUUCAUCCUUAAACCUGAGAAAGAAGUGUACAGUGAAGAAGGCAGUGAUGUCACGUUAGAGUGGCACUUUCACGUCGGAUCCUGGUCAAGCUCACUUACAAAUGGAGUGUUUGAAUUUCUUUUUGGUGUUUGGGAUGAUCCUGGCUUUGUGAGAAACAAGAUCCUGGCUGUUCAAGAACGCAACGCGGUAUCUAAACGAAGAGAAUUCGAAAGAAAGGUGGAUUGGAGCGGGAAUAUUUACGACUGUGUGAAUUGUACAGCAAGAGUCAAAAUGUACAACUUGACGGAUGUGGACUUCAAGAAGUAUGGCGUAGAGGUGGAACUAAGUUUGGACAGGAGACCUCUUACGAAUUGGGUAACACUUGUCAAAUUUGUACCCGCAGAAAUAUUGAAAUGGCCGUUAAAAAUGGAAGUCGAGGAAGGUAACGCAACGACUAUCGAAUGCGAAGCUAAAGGCCGUCCAACGCCUUCUGUCAUCAUCAAGAAGAGGAAUCGUACACUGUGUCAUAAUAGUACAGGACACUGUGUGUACGAGAUUCGAGAAGCCAAGCCCGAAGAUGAGGGAGAGUACUUGUGCUUAGUACAGCAAAGGAACUACAGCCAAAAAACCAGCAGUUCCUUGAACCUGACGGUGCUAGAGGGAAGAAACAUAUCAGCGAUAGACACUAACGCAGUUUUCCUAACCGCGGUCAUUGUGGUCAUCUUUGUCGAGGUGGUUUUGACAUUAUCAAACGUAUUCGGGCUUAUGGAAAAAAAUAAACAAAUAAAAACUGAUUAGACGGGAGAAAUAUUAUCAAUUCAAAAGAGAAUGUUGAGUUAACAAUCAGAAGUCAACCGGAAUUUUUCACGAAUAAGAAAGUCACCAAUCAAGACUAAUGAAGAACAACUAAAGAAAUAUUAUCUGCACACCGUCAAUCUCCAUUCAUGUAAUUUGUUUUUUCAUUUUUAUUGCAAAGAACCUGGAAGGCAGGCAGUAUUAGCAUGACACUAGUGUAAGAACCACAUGCAACUGUCUAAAAAUACAUUGGUUUUUAUCACCAGAGAAAAUUGAUAGAUUCUUGGCACAUAAUUAACAACGAGCACUCGCACAUAACUGUAUGUUUUUUUAUAAUCACUAAUCUUUGCAAGAACGCUCCGGAUAGCACGGUAAAAAGUGUUUGUAAAAGUAGGACCUAGCUAUAGUUGGAAAUAAAAAACUAUGAGAAAGACCCAAAA